AUGGCAGGAGGAUCAAGUGACCCCCGCCUCUUCUUCAGCCUCGAUAAUGUGCGGGCAUACCACAUUCAGAAUGGCGAAGAGACAGAGCUCACCCCCUCAGGGCCCCAGACGCUGUCUCUCCUGAUGGUGCCUACCACCAUCCCUGUAGUAGACCCUGCCAACCCACAAGCCGCAUCCGCAAACACUGAAGAAGACUUCUACCUACACCUACAUCUGCCUCCUGAACUCGAACUGCCGCUGCCUGCCACCACCCAGGUCUACCACCAGCCACCAGAUAGCUACCUGAUCCCGAGAUGGGAUCUGGGUCCAGAGACUGGUGCGUUCACCCGUAUCCAAUUCCCCAAGAUCGGAAGCGGGCCUGGAAUGGUAUCGCAGGAAGACGUCGAUACGUUUGAGACCAUUCUUGCACAAUGUACCGCCUUCCUUGAGCGGUCCCCGCCACCAAAACAACAGAAAAAGCAGCAACAGGGAGGGUAUAAUCCCGCAACGUAUGCGCCAGGAGAGGGCUAUGCGGGAACUGGUGAUGAGAAACAUGGCCAGAUCGUGCUGAUUGACGAGGAGAACGGGAGCGUCGUCGGAGAGCUCACCGAAGGGUUUAAUGUUGUGCAGUCGACAGAUGUCAAGGCUGGAUCCAAAGACCCUGUUCAAAUCCAACUGCCUGAGAAAGGCAACCAGAUCACUGUCAGCAAUGCGCCACUAGAGUACCUAGAAAUGGCCAGCCAUCCUGCCUAUGCAAAGUCGUCACUUGUCCAAGGCUCGGCCAUGGCCUCUCGUCUGCUAGUAACUACCUCUGAAGCACUAGCUUCCCUGCUGAACUCGGGUGCAGAUAGCUUCACUAGGGGAACCAAGCCUGCUGCCAAACCCAUGACAUUUUCGCCAUCCACACAAGCGCACAUUCGCAAGAUCAACACCUUCUCGCAAUCCGCGGCCGGUCUGUCAUCCAAAACCGUUGGACAGUUGGGUAAAUAUGCACAGAACCUCGGUGCAGCGUUGACCCGUAGAGGAGAUCGCGAUCCUCAUAACAAGGGGUACGAUGUCAACGGCAGGCCAAUACCAGACUACAAGCCUGGUAUUCUCAACAAGUCGAUGAUUGCGAUUUCCACCCUCGGUGACGGACUCGAUCACGGCGCUCGCCAUCUACUAUCUACUAGCUCCAUAGCCGCUUCCAAGAUGGUGGGCCACAGAUAUGGAGAAGAAGCGCGGGCAGUGACGACAGACCUUACCGGCGGCAUUAAGAACGUCGGACUAGUCUACAUCGAUGCGAUGGGCGUUUCAAGACGGGCAAUCCUCAAAUCCGUGGCUAAGGGGAUGGUAGUCGGCCGCAUGAAGGAUGGACAACAGCUUGUCGUUGGUGGAGGCGACGGUGGACAACUGGGAUCGGGCGCCCCCUCUCCACCGUCUGGCAAACCGGAGUCAGGUCUCUCUGCACAGUUUGGAGCAUCAUCGUCAUCGUCUCCAGGACCGCUGUAUCGAGCGCAGUCGCCUGCGCCGCCGCCAGCGUAUGGGGCCAAAGGGGGCCAGUCGUUGGGCAUCACCCCAAAGAAUGGCAACCACAAGUAUCAGUGA